AGUAAUUUUGACUUUCUCUGCGGAAAAUAUUUUUUCAUUCAAUUCUCUCGCAUGGAACUGGGAGAUGGUUCAGUCGGUUACUUUCGUAGAAAAUCUUUUUCCAUGAUUUUAGCAGCCCAGGAGGAGAAUUGAUUACUCAUUUUUGAAGCUGCACUUCAGUUCAGUACCAUAACAUUAGUUUUUCGUUGAAAAGUUUCGGCCUCAUCAAGGAAACGGAAUUUUUAGCAUAAAGAAAAAGUAUAAGAAGAUUCUUCAUACACCCUGAGGACUCUUUUUCCAUAUCCCUCGCUCAUCGGCCCACGUUCCUCGCCGAACUUCCCGACGAACUCACGGGACGCGGAAAGGAACACUCAGCCCGCCCGUUGUGAUACGUGAAGUGUGCGCGUCGGCGUGGAAUCGGGCGAAAUCCCAUCGAAAUGAAGAAAGACGCUUCCCACAAAUACAUCAUCGACCGAUACUCCACCGAGCUCCUCAUCACCAACGAUCAUCUCAUCGAAGAAACACUCUGGGCUUUCGACUGCGGGCAUUUCAUGAAUGGAUAGACGCUCCGACCUGAAAAGUGGCCUGAAAGAAAUAGAUUUAACAUAAAGAUAUAUAUAUAUAUCCAAAAAGAAUUAAUUGUGUUUAGUCUAGUUUUUAGUUUUAGUGCGUGUUUCUUUAGUCAUUUAGUGAGAUAGCAGCAAAAAUAGGGAAAACCGAGGGGAGUUUGGACCGGUCCAAGGGCUCAGCCAUGGGCACGGACAUCGCCGGCAACUCGUUUCGCGUCGCGUCUCUGUCCCACCAGCAGCAGACGAUGAUCUCCUCGUAUCCAUGGCAACAGCAUCAUCAGUGGAACUUCACCAGAUACGAGCCCCACUCCAAUCAGACGGCCAUCCAACCACCGCCAAAACGAUAUCUCUCCAUCGGAAAAACAUGUGGGAAAGAAAACUCCGACAAGAAAGAAGACACAGAUCUUUGGUCCAACGUCGAGGCUCAAGCAGCAUUCCUCGGACCUAACUUAUGGGAUAAAACAUUACCUUAUGAUGCCGACCUUAAGCAGUAUGUGGACUUGGACGAGUUCCUGUCGGAUAGCGGGAUCCCGGUGGACAGCGGCGGCGGCGGCGGAAUGGUGCCCAAGCCGGAGACCGGACGCCUGUCUCCGUGCAGCUCCUCCCAGCAGCCUGUCCUCGGCGUCACCAAACGGGAGCCCUCCCCUGUACCUUCCGAACCUAUGAGCCCUCUAGCCAUUAACCCUCCUUCACCUGCAGAUUCAACUUUAUCUUUUGCAUCAUCGAGUAGAGACUUUGAUCCGAGAACACGGGCCUUUUCUGACGAAGAGUUGAAGCCACAGCCAAUGGUAAAAAAAUCAAGGAAGCAGUUUGUACCCGAUGGUCUCAAGGACGAGAAAUAUUGGGCCAGGCGCCGAAAGAACAACAUGGCGGCUAAACGAUCUAGAGAUGCCCGUCGUCUUAAAGAAAACCAAAUCGCUCUUAGAGCUGGUUUCCUCGAAAAAGAGAACAUGGGACUUAGGCAGGAGAUGGAGCGGCUAAAGAAUGAGAACAUGGCGCUUCGUGAUAGAUUAUCUAAAUUUACUGAGAUCUAGCAACCAGAAACAGUCAGUCAAGCCAACAUACCAUGGUCCACUGACUAUUAUUCAGGAUUGUAAGACCCUCCCAUUGCUGCCAAUUUUCAAUCAUCCUCUGUUGCUGUCUUAUUUAUUUUCAUCUAUCUAUUUAUUUAUUGUCUUAUUCUUGUAUUUAUUAUUUCGCGUUUGAGAGAUCUGGCUCCUUAACACAGGACAUGAUUUCUCAGCGCAAAGUAACAUGAUUCUGUAACCGCUAGAGUUUUCAGUUUUGCACCCCUCAUUUUCUUCCUACUUAAUUGUUCAAGGAAAUAAAAUUCAACAUCACAAUCUCCUCCGAUUCUGUAAAUCGAUUUGUUGAUACUAAUAAAUUGAAAUGACCAUCAUGUAUGUAUCCUAUUAUUCAGCUUGUACUUUCAUAUCGUCACAAGCCAGAAUUUGACAAAAUGUCCCCUUCGCUGCAAAAUCAAUGAAUUUGCAGUUCACCUUAUGAUCAGUAAGGACGCAAAAAUGUUUUGUUUCAUUUGCAUAUUUUUGUUUCCACAUCUUCCUGACUAUGUAUUGUGCAUCCAUAACCUAACCCUCAAAUAGAAAAUAUGAAAUGUAUCGAAGAAAAUAUAAGAGUAAGCAUGCCUGCUGAUGCAACUGGCUGGUCGUUUUCUUUCACAAAAUCUUGUUAAACAAUGUUUGACUCAUUUAACUUUUCUCAACUACCUUAGUUCUGAAUUCUUUAAAGAUGAAUUGAAAUUUUUUUAUCUCUUUUUUUUGUUGACUUUUUUUUUAAACGUUUACAGAUUUUGUCAGUAGUCUUUAUUGCUUUAAAAAAUUCAAUCUGAAUUGAACAAAAAAUCACACAUAACUAUUUUCUUGACCAAUCGGAAUCACUUCUUGGGAAAGAUUUAACUUUGAAAGAAAUCUAACCCUCAUUAGAAAAAUGUAAAACUCCCUAUUGACAAUAUUUCAGUCUCUGGUGCUCGUUCAUCAGGAUCGUAAAACCGUCUCUAAUAACAGCACAAUACUAUGUUCAUCACUUUUCGUGGAUCCUAUAAAACUCCUUCAAGUUUUAGUAUAGGCAACUUAUUGUGUUUGCCGCCAAGCAAAAUUGCAGGCAAACCAAUUGAAGGAGUUUCGUCGUGUUUAUAUCUAGAGAAGUGUGUAACAGAUAGUUUGUAAAAACAAACAAACAGAGGAGGAAUCUCGUAAUAUGUUUCAAUUUUAGAGCAGAUGCAAUCCUUAAAAUUAUGAAUUUGACCCAGUUAUGUUUGUUUUCGGCUCAAAAAAUGUUAUGCUUUUUACAUUUCCCCAGCUUAAAUUUUACUGAUGCACUUGAUCUCUUUGAUUUGUUUUUCUUUAGUUCAAAUAACUCUCCCCGUUUGUCAUCUACCUGAACUCACUUGUCGAGUUGAAAAGUCAGCAAUGGACUCUUACUUAUUUCUUGUCGUGAUAUUAACUUAAUUAUUGAUAUUCUUCUGUGUUUCUCUGUUUUCUCCCCUCCCCCUCUUUUUUAAAUUAUUGUACAAAUGAUGUAUUUAAAUGAAAUGAUACUUGUAAUCCUAUACCUAAGUGUAAUGUUUUUUAUAUGCUUUCUUUUUUGAUAUGGCGAUUUUUAGCGAGCCGAGUCUGCGUCGGGGUUGCCAAUUUUUUGAGUUCUUUUCUGUUUUCAAAAUGUGGUAUCCCUGCUACGAAUUUUCUUCAACAAAAUAUGUCGGAGCGGUAGUGCCAGUUGAGAAAAAAUGAAACAAGCUCUUAUAAGUGGCGACCCUGUUUUGCAUCUCCUGAUAGGUCCUAUUUUGUUAUCUCCCAGGAAUGGCGUUGAAAAAAAAAAUUACUUUCAUCCGUAGAGGCCAAUGGCGAGGCGUGAUUGAUCGAUUAUCGAUGUAUCCCCAUUUGAGGCUGUGGUAAAGAAUCGACUACUGAGGUGGUCGUUACGAACACCCAGUUUAUCGAUUCUUUUCCAUAGGUUUAAGUGACGGAUCAUUUGAUACAUCGGAAAGCACGCCAAGCCACUGGCAGAGGCUGCAGUCGAAUCAACUCUUUUUCUCUAUCGCUCUCAAUACAUUUCUCUCUCGCUCUCAACACAUGUGACCCAAACAGGAUUUCUAAGAGUCAGACCUUCGAUAGAUCAAAGUACAAAUUCAAUUAUUCUCAAAAAUUAGAAAAUGUAGUCGUUGGAAAGUAGCAUUUGCAGGAAUUGAUUUCUCGCAAAAUUAAUCAUAGGUUGUAAAAUUAGGAAUGAUAUUUUAUUUUACAAGCAGCUAUAAUGAAGCGAUUCGUUAUUUCAAUUUAUGUUAAUCAAAUUGUCAAGAAAUUAUUUUUUAUGAAGAUCCUUUAGUGUAUGAUUUUGUAACUCUUUCCUUCCCUCAUGAAGUCUGUUCAACUUUAUUUUAAGGAACGGCAAAGCUUCAUGGCGUGGUCGGCCUUUGACUUUCAGAAACCCUCAUUGAUUAUAUAGAACACUUAUUUUAAUGAAUUUUUGAAUUCAGUUUUACAUAAAAUGUAAAUUGUAUCUAAAUUUCUAAGUUUUGACCUAGUCCGCCAAAGUAAUGGGAAGAGUUAUUAAAUUGUUGGCUAAUUAUUUGUUAAAUUUUCAUUCCAUUUAUUUUUCUGUUAAUUACGAGGUAUUUCUUUGUCCUUUACAAUUAAAAUUCUAGUGCUAAUCUAAGAUUUAGUUUUUUUUUAAACAAUUUUAUUUGUUCUUUUAUUCUUUGGCUUUCGGUGAGGUAGAUGCUAUUUUACUCCAGUCAUGGAUACUUCCAUGAACGAAAUUUUUUAUCUUCUCAUAUUGAUUAAAUUAUCCAACCCGCUGUCAGUUGAGAGUUAUCGUUGGAAAAUACAACCCUCUCUGAAGUUUGUUCAUAAAAAUGGCCAUGGCUGAAAAAAUUCAAUCUACUUCAUUUGUUAUUUUCUCCAAAUUAUUUUCUCUUUAAUUUUUAUUUUCUCAAGAGUAAUCAAUGAAUCGAUGGUAAAACUAGAUCAAUACAUACGUCGAUUGUGGCGUGUUUCAGAAGUUUUGCUCAAAUUGUAUGUUUUAAGGGGAAUGAAAUAUUUUGCCAGGAAUGAAACGUUAGAACAAUCUCGUUAAAUGACAAAGAAAAAUCAAACAAUAUUUUUGCAGUGGCGAUCAUUUGCCAGCUUUCAAAAAAGUAAAUUUUGACGGAAAAUCUGUAAUAUUCUUAUCCAAGAUAGGCAACGAGUCAUCGUCAAUUUUUUCCCCAGAAAUCCUCGAUGAGAGCAAAGGAUAUGACAUCUUUUUUCCAGGAAGAAAAUAUCCAACAACUCUGUGACCAAAAGUAUCGAAAAUCAUUUUCACAAGUAACAAUGGUUUAUACAAUCAAGUUUCUUGAAAAUUGGAAAAUUCUUAAUAAAUAAUAAAAGCACUGUUGCAAUAAUUCGGCUAAAAAAAAUCUUGCCAAAUCUCUUGAGGAUUACUACUUUUUAAAAACCAAAUAAAUAUUUGGGGACCGAUGAUUUGUAGUCACUCAGUCACAGGUUCUUCUUUUCGGGUAUCUAAGGAGAUUUGUAUCAUGCACAACAGCGUCAUAAUGGUUGAGGAAAUAAUUAUUACUCCUGCAAGUAAGAAGUCACUUUUUUUGCAUCUCUCAUUAGAAAUAUACGUUUAUUUUAAAUGUUCAUCUUUUUCCUUUCGAAGGUAUCUUGUAAUUGUCAGUUGUAGAAAAAAGUCGACUCUCUAAUGAAUAAGUGGAACUAUCUGGAUCUUUAGGUGUGUUAAGGUAAUUUUAGUGUAUAGAUAUGAUACUUCUUCCUGUAGCAUACUUGUCAAUUAUUUAUCAUCGAAAGGUGGACCCACCAGAAUUAGAAAAUCUCAAAAUUUAGGAUUCUUCAUUGAUGUGAGAGUGAGAUUGACCAGUUUUGAAGUUACCCUUUUCCCUUUCUUUUUAUGGGCCUGAUAUUUGUCCAUGUUUAGUUGACCUAAGCUAAUUGUUCAUCUAUUUACCGUAACAUGGCAUGGGAUUGCUUGUACAUAUUUGCUAGGAAAAUUGCUUUCGCACGGAUGAAAAAAAGAAAAAAACAUGAUUAUUAUUAGUCAGUCAAGUAAAUAAACUAACUGAUUAACUAUUUCAUCGAAUUUUCUUUUGAUUUAUUUAAUAAUUUCAUACCUACUUGUGGAAUUUGUAUGCUUAGGUGCACUUGAAACUGGAUUUCUUGCUCAGUUUCAUGGAAGAUUUAUACAUUCAUUUUGCAACGAUACCUUUAAAUAUGAUCCCUCAAAGUUUGCUCCAAGUUCAUUCAAUCCAAACCAAUUACUUAGGUAUAUGAAGAAAAUUUCUUAUCAAGAGGAGAUUUCAAAUGAUUGCAGAUAUUUACCGCAAUUGGGCGUAUUUCUAUCAAACGGAAGUAUGUGAAUCAAGACAUGAGCCCUGAGACCCGUAAGAAUACAUGCAUAACAGGGCUCACGUCAUAAUGCACAUGGUUCCUUUUGACAGAAAUACGUCCAAUUAAACAACGUUAAGGAAAGAAGAAGAACCAUGAGCUGUUUAGAGCGAAGCUUAUUUAGUGACCAAGUCACACAUUUUUCCUUUCAGUUGUUCCUAAAUCAACCUAUACAAAUAUCUAUUUAUACUUUCGGUAUCUAAAAUGUGAGACAGAUAACACCAUGUAGCUACUUCUAUUCCUUCAUGUAAAGCUGUUGUAUGCUUUUUUUGUUCUGUUUUCUGACCUGGAAGACAACGGUUUUUACUUUUUCUUCCUAAAAUUAUUAAUUUUCAAAUUUGUUAAUUGCCCCCGAGAGCAAAUCAUCUGGAAAAAGAGUUGCAACCUUCAAUUUUUUUUUUGGAUUGAAUGAAUGAAUAAGUGAAUCUUUAUUGACUUUGAUCAACUCAUGAUUCAUCCACCUAUGGAUAUUUUAGAUAACUGAGGUAUAUUCAUGGUUGAUUAAUAAUGUCAAGGUUUACUUUAAAAGCCAUAAAAAAUUAGAUUUCCUUAUCAAGGUUUUUCUUCGAUGAAAGUGAAAUUUUGUUAUUUUCAGACCCACUGAUGUAACGAAAAGGGAGGGAACCAAUCAUUUUAUACAAGUUAAUACGGAAGAAAAAAUUUUACCUUUAAAGAGAUUUGUAGAAAAGUUAAUUAUCAUUCUAUGCUAGUUGAACGUUACAAAUUUUAUGUUGAUAUAUAACUUCCCAUGUUCUCUUGCAAAAAAUCACCUAGGGUCAUGCGAAAAAA